AUGGCCGUACUAAGCGCCUCGUCGAAUGUGGGGAAACCAGCAAAUCCGAUCGCUGCACCAACGACGCAGGUUCGGCAGCAGACGUUGUCUUCUGCAGUUAGCUGCGAGCCAUUCAUUAAUGCCACCUCAUACAUCGAGCAGAUGUACGAGACCUGGAAGGUGACCCCAAAAAUGUUGAAGGCGGUGCUGCUCCCGGUCAGGCCGUAUCAAGCACCACCAACAGUUUAUGGAGCUGUCGGCGUUUCGGGAGUCACACCACUCAUACCAGGAGUGCCAGUUGGCGGAGGAUUUACUAUGCCUCAAGUUAUUUUCGCUUUCGAUCGCGCCUACUACAGGACUCGAUACUUCAGUGCAGGCCAUCUCUGA